AUGGAAUGCGUGGCGCAUCCUCUCAUGUUCUCUGAGACUGAUUGUUUCCCUUUCCCGCAGCCCGGGGAUGGAUGCAAAGGCAACGUUAGAUAUGCGGCGAUUGGGAGAAUAUCCGAUCGAGUGCUAGUUGCUACCUACCACCACUUCACUGCAGGCCCUCCCUCGGCCAAGUAUCUUGCUGUUGCACAGAAAGUUCUGAGCAGCGAUAAAGUUCUAUCUCAGCAGAGUGCGAAUGUUCCCAAUGCUGUCGAAGACAGCUGCUGCCUCAUGCAAGCCGACAAGAAGUACAUGUACAUCGUUUUUGUGGAGAAAUCAUACCCAGAGAGAACUGCUUUUGAGCUACUCAGGAUGAUCAGGAAGGACUUCACAGACAAGGAUGCGACACAGGCUGAGUCGGCGACGGAGAAUUCCAUGAGCAAGACCGUCAAGAAGUGGAUGAGUGCGGCUUGCACCAAGUACGAUGACUUGACCUCAGUGAACAAGGUCGCGGCAGUUCAAGCUCAGGUGGAUGAUGUGAAGAUGACGAUGGAGGACAACGUUCAGCAGAUGUUGCGCCAGCAUGAGAAACUUGAGGACUUGGAAGACAAGGCUGAUGUUAUGCGAUCAGAGGCCGUCAAGUUCAAGAAGGGUGCGACACAGCUUGCCAGGAAGAUGUGGUGGCAGAACUGCAGGCUCUGGGCGAUUAUCAUCAUUGUGACCGUCGUUGUGCUGAUGAUCAUCAUCUUCUCUGUUUGCCCGCCAUGUAGAGGACAGAGAUGA